CGUCCCGGCGGAGUGGCGGGUCUCGGAGCUGCGGAGGUGGCCUCGGUCUCGCCUGUUGGGUCUGAGGGUGGCUUCCCCUCGCUGAGAAUAAUCCUUAGAAAGGUUAUGUUGCUAAGAGCUGUUGGCACGUGUUGUUAUGCACCCGGUCAUAGGCUUCAAGGUUUUUAAAAAAAUGCAAAAACCAACAAAAAACUCCCAAUGCUUAAACCCUGGUUGCUUGUAGCAAUGCUGGGCCGGAGCAGAGCGUGCAACCUGGUGCAGAGCAAAGGAGUCCUCAAAAGGUUUUUUAAGGAGGGCCUCUGAUGGGACAAUCGGUUGCGUGAUUAGGUGUUCUGAUUGUAUUAACGUCUGCAAUAUAAGUGUUGGUGAACUAUUUUUUAUCUUAUUGCAGUAAAACAGUGUGCGUUAACAGGUGUGAGAGCGUGACUUUUCAACAUGGAGAAGAAACAGGUUUUAAAACGCUUAUAUGUUGGAGGGCUUGGCCAUACGGUUUCGAAGGCUGAACUGCAAGAAAGAUUUGGCAAGUUUGGGCAUGUUUUGGAUGCAGAGAUUAUUACCAGAAAAGAUGAUCAGGGGAACCCCAUGAAAACUUUUGCCUACAUCAGUGUCAACAUUUCUGAUGCAGAUCUUAGAAAGUGCAUGUCAAUUUUAAAUAAAACAAAAUGGAAAGGGGGGACACUGCAAAUUGAGUUGGCCAAAGAAAGCUUUUUGCAUAGGCUCACCAUGGAGAGGAGGUGUAUUUUAAAAUCACUGAAGAAGGCUGGAGUUGUAGACUUUCAUAUGAAAGCAGUACCAGGUACAGAGGUGCCAGACCAUAAGAAAUGGGUUGUUGGUAAAUUCGGCAGAGUCUUGCCUAUCCUGCAUCUCAGGAGUCAACAAAAAAAUAAAAUUGUGAAAUAUGACCCAUCAAAAUAUUGCCAUAACCUUAGAAAGCUGGAACCAGACUUGACGCGUGUAACUCCUAUAUCCGAGCUCACUUGGCACUUGGAAGGGAGAGAUGACAGCAUAACCAAGAAGCGGCAAGGAGAGUUCCCUGCAACUAAGAAGCCACCUAAAAAACUGAGGCAACUGGGCAGUGAAGCUCUGAAUGGAGCAGUAGUUCUCUCUUCUGGGUGCCAGUCACGUUCCAGAAACACAAGCUCAUCACAACUAGAUCAAAGAUCAAAAUCCAAAUCCAGUGAGAAGUCUAAAUUGCCUUCAUCAAGCAGUCUUAAUAGUAAAAUAUCAGGGAUAGGUUGGUUAUCAGAUAAAAGCAAUGUUUCUGGAGUUACUGUGCUAAAUAAUAUGGAUGUUUCUGAGAGUGACAUUGAUUCCAAAGAGGAAAUCGGAGCAAUUAUAAAGAAGGAGUUAGAAAUACAGAAAGCUGAAAAUGUCGGGACUAAAAGUGACAACUUGGAAAUUGUUGGGGAGAAUUUUGAAUUAAAAUACAGUAGUCACUGGUCCUUAAGCAAUCCAUAUGCCAUGAAGAAAGCGAUCAAUGGAAGCUGCGGAAAGAAAGAGAGUGCAGAAUAUGAUAAUGGCUAUGAUUCAGCAGAUACAGACGAAAUUAUUGCUGAGAGUAAAACUCCAGAUCUAAGUAGCAGGAAACCUGCAACUUCAGAAAAUUCUAAACAGGUGAAGGUGGAAAAUAAAGAAAUACUAACUAACAAAAAAUGUGAUUUGGUAAAUGGCUCCUCACUGAAAACUUGCAAUUUAAAAGAAGAAUACCUUGAAAGAAAAGGCAAAACUAAAAAAUCCAAAAUUGCUGCAUUACAGAGUACAGCAAUUAACAGUAUAACAAAGACAAGUGACAGUGAAAGCUCUUAUUCAGAGCCUGAGAAAGGGGAGUCUGACAUCAGUUCUGAUUAUGAAUCCAUGAUGCAAAACUGUUAUCGCUUAGACCUUACAUUAGAUGACUUAAAAGCAUUAGCUACUGAAAACACUGGGACACCAGCAGAAGAAUCGGACAGUGCACAGAGUUCUGGUCGAUGCAGUGUUGAAGCAAAUGGAAAACUUUCUAAAUUUCACCCUGCAGUUAAAAAAAAAUGUAUCUGUCCCAAAGAUAUCGUUGCUGCAAUUUUAGCAGGGGAGGAGAAUGCUGAUGAAGAAAUCUCCAAGGGACAAAAUAAUUCGUGUUUGAAAUAUCAGCCCUUCAGAGGAAUGGGGUCCCUUUGUAAAAAAGAGUUAACUCAGGACAGCACUGGUUUGAAGAAGGGUUCUGUAGAAACUUUAGGUCUUGAAGCUUGUAUUUCUUGUUGUGGGGAGGAGUCAUCUAAAAGUCAGUCUAAGAACCAUUCACUUGAAGUCAGCAGUAAAAAGAGACAAAAUAUGCACUGUGAACAGCAAAGGGAAUUGUCAGAUGCUGCCUCUGUAGCAGAUGAGAGUGAUCAGCCUGUUUCCCAGCCACCUUUACAGGGAAAAAGCAAAGAUGCAAGUUCUUUGCAAGAAGACCAAAAUUCAGGGCACAGAGGUGCUGGUCCUAGUACUGAUCACAGCGAAGAUGAGAGCAGCGACAUGGAUAGUAAUGCUGCAGUGUCACAGAAACCCAUUACACGAAAACUGAAAAGCCCAAAACUGCUGUCAAAAAAAUUGAGGGAUGUAAACAAUAAAAAUCCAGAAUGUGAAGCUAAUAUGUGUGAGAAAGGGAAGACAAGCCUUCUGGAAAAUAAGAACCUUUGUCUUCAUGCUGCUGCUUCAAAGGAAACUAAUACAGAAAAGAAACAGUUGCAGGAUAACCAGAGGAGGCUGGCAGCUCUAGAAGAGAGACAGAAAGAGAGAGAAUUGCAGAAGAAACUCAUUCAAGGAGCUCUUUCAAAUCUGGAUAGCCAGCCAGCAGGCAAGCAUAAACACAUCGUAUUCGAUUCAGAUGUGGAAUGUGAAGCUGAAGUAUAUGAGAUGUUGAAGAAAGAUGUGAGUUUGGGAAAUACGCAUGAAGAAGAUAAAUCUGCUCCUAAAACUUCAGGCAGACUGUUUGAAAGCAGUGAGGAUGAGCAAGAUAAUACAGACAACGAGAGAUUCAAAAUUAAGCCCCAGUUUGAAGGCAAAGCUGGCGAAAAACUCUUGAAAUUGCAAUCACGAUUUGGCACAGAUGAAAGAUUUCGCAUGGAUGCUCGAUUCCUUGAAAGUGACAGUGAAGAAGAAGAGACAAAUAUCUUGAAGGCAGAUGAAGAAGAGCUUGCUGCAGAGAAAAAGAAAAAUCUGCAAAUACUGGGAAGCCUCUUGAAUAUCAACCUGGAGCACCCUAAAUCAACUAAAGCAGCCUCAAAUGCUAAGAAAUUCAAAGAUAUUAAUGCCCUCCGCUAUGAUCCCACAAGACAAGACCAUGCAGUUUUUGAAAGGAAACCAAGCACAACAGAAAGAGAGAGUAAAGCUAAAAGGAAGAAGAAGAGGGAAGAGAGUGAGAAACUGCCUGAAGUGUCUAAAGAAAUGUAUUAUGAUGUUGCUGUUGAUUUAAAAGAGUUGUUUGGAUCUUCAAAGAGCAAAUCAGAAAAAAAAGAAGAAAUACCCUGGGACAAAGAUGAUGCGGAGGACUCCACCCCACCUGACCAUUUGGGAUCUAAUGGUGGGAGUAACGUAGCUCAGAAGUCUAGUGGUUUCAGAUUUUCCUUCUUUGGAGACACGGAGGAGUUGGGCACAAAAGAAGAGCCCUACAUACUUGAAACAAUAAAGCCUGUAGAAGUCACAUGGCAAGAAGAUCCACGUUUCCAAGACAGCAGUUCUGAGGGUGAUGACGAGUCAGAGGCAUCAGAAAAUGAAAGGGACAAAGAAAUGUUUUUCUCUUUACCACAGACAGAAAGUGCUAGAUUUUUCUUCUUCUCCAAAGAUGAUGAGCGACUAAGAGAGGGCCCUAAGUUAUUUUGUAGAUCAGUAGACCUCAGUGAAGAAAAAGAUGGUUGGGAAGACAGACGUAACUUACUGCUUGAGAUCUUAUUCUUAUGUCCGUCUGGCCUAUGUGCUGCAGAUAGUCUGCUGGAGCAGAGAGGCUCUGCCAAGCCCAGCCUGGGCGCCUGCUGCCAGGCCUUGCCUGGGCCCUGGCCCCAGCCCAGGGGCACCUGGGUGCUUUGCCCCUUACCGGUGCCCAGGCCAGCACAGCCGUCGCACUCCCAGCUGGCCGUGCUGUUCCCCAGUUUGUAUUACAAAACAAUAAACCAGUCCUUUCACAGCUAUAAGGAGUCGCAGGCCAAAACAGGCUUUACAUUAGAAAGCUCAGAAUCAGCAGCGAGGCAGAGACCUCAGCAAGCAGCUGAAUUAAGAUCGUUCUCCAAAAAGGAAUUCUUAGGAGGCUAA